AUGAUUGUCAGAUUGAAUCCCCCCUCCAACGAAGAGAGCUUGUUGGAGAAAUUUGAUGGCAACAAUGGUCCUCCAAAUGCAAAUGCUUCCCUCCAAAUGCUAGGUACCAGUCGAACGCAGGUUAAGAAAUCCCAGAAAUAACCUUACACCCUCAUGAAUGCAUUUGUAUGGUUGGCUUUUAUCUCAUCGUAAUAGAUGGACAAUCCUAUUUCUGAAUGUUUGCCGUGUUUAAGACGUAUUUGGGCAACGUACUUAAUAACGAAGAACCUCAAGUGUCCUCCAUGCUAUGUUGCCACCAGUAGAACUGUACGUUGAUGAAGUGACCCCGUCUAGAUGGUACCAUCCUCUUAUGCCUCUGGUAUUUAGAAUACUGUGCAUGAUACCCGGAUUUACCGCACAAAGGAUGGGAAGAUUUGUUGCGAAAGGUAAUGGUUUGCCAGAAAAUAUGGCGUCGAAAUCCAACGAUAUCCGCACAUUCAACCAAAGACGAAGAUUAUUCCCUUGGAGUUUACUAAGAACGAGACCUCAAGGUUGCUGAAGAAGUGAAAGGAGCAUAAGACACCUGUAUAGGGGGCUGUUCAGACAGAAGCAGGUGUUUCCAUGGUCAUCAUGUUAGAGGAUCAGAAGUUAGAAGUCCCCACCGAGUCACAGUAAAUAUCAGACCCUUUCUGAGAUCGGAAGUACCAAAUGACUACGCCGGACCGCGGAAUGUGAAAAUCUGGUGUUCUCUGCUCCAGAUCCUGGUUUUUUUUUUUUUGGAAUAUGGUUAA